CUAGCUACAACCCGUUGCUAGCUGGCGAAGCUAUGCAUGUGCAGAUAAAUAAGUGAUAACGUCAGUUCUCAUCGCUAGCGAAUAGCUCCACAACAGUCAUUGUGCGGUCUGAUACAGGAAUGGUAACUGUUAUGUUGGCUCUCCCUUCAAGUCACUCAAUAUCAAGAAGAGUUAACGAUGGACGUGCUGUUUGAUAUCCCACCAACGACGUGUGUUUGUAGCAUGAAGCUAGCGACACACAUCCGAGGAGAUGUAACGUCGCUCUGAAAUAACGUCAGGUCGGUAUACAUUGUUACACGGCUUUGCUUAACGGUGUAACAACCAUCCGUUUUGUGACCUCCAAGUCACAGAUAAAUUCGGCAUUGUCAUUUAAACGGUGUGUAAACUUAUCAUUCGCUCCGAGCCCAUCGGGCUACUGUGUUUGGAAACGUGAGCCCACUUUGACGACUGAGUUCCGGAAAAGUUAAGUGGCAUUCGUGUGUGUGUGUGACAUAUAUCUCACGGUACUCGUAACGUGCUGGACGUGGGAGCAUGGGGGGGGGGGCUUUAAUAGAUUGGGAAAUCAUCGAUCAUGUCAGGUAAAUUAGCUCGAGUUGAGCCGCAACUGUCUCGUGACUUCUGUCAUUGAAAUUGGAAAGUUCUAGACGUCGGUUUCGCUUAUGUGUCACUAGCGAGCAAUCCCCUUUCCAGUCAAUAAAUAUAAUUAUCUUUCUUAACAUUGGCAUCACUAACGUAUUUACAUUGGCCUUUAGGCAGAGGAGGUUAACCUAGUGUUGCUGCAUCGGUCCUUUCUGCUACAACAGGCGUUCAAGAUGCACUACUCUCUAGGAAUAUGCUGUAUAUGUGAUGUGAUUAACCUAAUCAUGAGCGAUCUGAGCUCUUUUCAUUGUUUAAUUGAUGGUCACCCAUCUGGUCUACUUCUCCGCCUAGAUCUGCUGCUGUGUUCAGGACUGUCCAAACCUCUUAUCAUUUGGGACAGCAUUGCUCACAGUCUAUGGAGAUGGAGCAUUCAGUCGUAUUACAUCACACUUAUUACAUCUCUGUGAACAUGAGGCUCUAACGAUAACGGUGUGAGUGUGCAGUCUUCCCUGCCGAGGAAGGAGAGGCACCUGGGACCAUGAGUGGGAAUGGACCUCAUACGGAGGCGACGAUGUACUUUGAGGUGGAGGUGGAUCACCUGGAGCGUGACUACGACGACGAAGAAGAAGACGACGAAGAGGAAGAAGAGGAGGACAAAAUACACUUGGACAAAGAUGGUGAUGAUGAUGAUGACGACGACGACGACCUGAUCGCUGGGCCUUCAUCGUCCUCAGGACGGGUUUACGACCGCACGACAGUACUCAUUGAGAGGGACCCCAUCCGGCUAGAUGAGGAGGGUGAGGAAGAGGGUCACUGUGGAAGGUACGAAGAUGGGGUCACCUUCCUAGCUGAAGGGAAUGGCGAUGAGGGGGACGGCACUCUGACCUUUAUGAACGACCCUGAUGGCAUGUCACAGGGUUAUGUUCACCACACCAUUUCUCCAGACCAAAUCCAGUUCACGAUAAAUCCUGGCUCCGCUCGCAUGCCACGCAACAUCGAGGGGGCCACCCUCACCCUGCACUCUCAGUGCCCAGAGACGAAGAUCAGAGAGGUGAAGCGCUACCAGUGCAUGUUCGAAGGCUGCACCAGGACGUACAGCACGGCGGGAAACCUGCGGACGCACCAGAAGACUCACCGGGGCGAGUACACGUUCGUGUGCAAUCAGCAGGGCUGCGGAAAGGCCUUCCUCACCUCUUACAGCCUCAAGAUCCAUGUGCGUGUUCACACCAAGGAGAAGCCGUUUGAGUGCGAGGUGCAAGGCUGCGAGAAGGCCUACAACACGCUGUACAGACUGAAAGCACACCAGAGACUGCACACAGGCAAGACAUUCAACUGUGAAUCCGAUGGAUGCACAAAGUACUUUACCACACUAAGCGACCUGAGGAAGCACAUUCGCACACACACCGGGGAGAAGCCAUUCCGGUGUGACCACGAUGGCUGUGGCAAAGCAUUUGCUGCUAGUCAUCACUUAAAAACACAUGGACGGACACACACAGGGGAGAAGCCAUUCAACUGUCCCAGCAACGGCUGUGAGAAGGCAUUUAGCAGCCAGUACAGUCUGAAGAGUCACAUCCGGGGCCACGACAAAGGACGGCCCUUCACAGUCACUCUCACCCAUCCGCUCUCUGAAGAUGCAAAUCACUCGCUGUGCCUCAGUGACUUGAGCCUCAUCUCUACAAACUCUGAGCUACGAGAGAACACCCAUAACGCUCAACAUUUGGACCUCAGCAAUGUGAAAAUCUUUGAGCUCAUGUUCCAGAGUCCUGAAAAUAGUGUCAGCCAAGAUGAUGCCCAUCCCAACGAGAGCCUUGCUGAAUCCUUCAGCCUAGAGACGGCGACCCAUUCGCUAGUGACUGAUGGAUCGCCUGUCAUCUCUUUCUCUUUCCAUCCGACCUGCUCAUCGUCCUGUUCGCACACAACUGCAGUCAUGGAGCCCAGACAGAGCUCCUCCUCUCGGGCCUCCACCCCUGCUGCUGUCACCGCGACUGUGAGCUCAACACAGCCUCCCCCUUUCGUUCAAGUACCCGGGCCUCAGCGGAUCUCCGAUGUGCCCGCCCCCCAAGCCUCUGUCCAAGCGCCAAACCAUGUCACCCCCCAGCACUACGUGGCACUGCCACCCAAAUUGCUGCAGUCGGACAGUGCCACCCAGACCACUCCUCAACCACCGGCCGCCUCCGCUCCGGCUGCAGUGGCUCCAGCACCGCCGCCCGCAGCGCCGGGCGCUGCCCCCGUGUCCGUCGUUGCAGCCACCGCAGCAGCAGACGCCGCCGUGGCAGCCGUGGCUCAACCUGUGCCUGUGGCCAACAACCCUGUUACCAACUCUGGCCCUGGUUUGGCUACCACCCCCGCCACCAUCACCAUAGGGCCCACCUCCAACCUGCUGCAGCCCGGCCUGGUCAUGUCCGACCAAAACCUCCAGUGGAUCCUCAGCACCGCUGCCAACAACCAGCAGAAUCCAGAACAAGCGUCACUUCAAGGAACUCCUAAAGUGGAAAAAGUGUUCUUCACUACAGCUAUACCUGUGGGAGGAAAUGCUGGCAGCUCGGUUCAGCAGAUCGGCCUCAGUCUGCCGGUCAUCAUCAUCAAACAGGAGGAAUCCUGCCAGUGCCAGUGUGCCUGCAGGGACGCUGCUAAAGACAAAAGUUCAAAGAGUGCCUCCUCCAUUGUUUCAGCCCCAGCACAGCCGCAAGCACCAGAGCCCCCUCCUCCCCCGCUAUCACAACCCCCAGAGCCUCCACAUCAUCCAGCCGCCUCCUCGUCUUCACGCAGCCUCCCCGCGUCUUCCUCCAAGGUGGGUGAGGUGCGGCUGGAGGCCCCCUCUUCUUCUUCUACCUCCUCUUCUUCAGCUCAGACUCUCUCCACGGUAGUGAGCAGCACCGCCACGAACCCACCCUCGUCGGACGGCUUAGCCAACAUGGAUGUCUCGGACUUCCUCUCCCUGCAGAGCCCAGAGACGGUUGCCAACAUUGAGGCUCUGCUGCUGGUCGCCGACGACUUCAACAUGGCCACUGAUGGCAAUCUUUAGAAGAGCGGCCUUCUGAGUCUCUGGCGCGCACUCACCCACAGGCAUCAAUUCCACCCACAGCUCUCGUCGUUCUCCACAGCGACGCCUCUUCGUUCUCCCUAUAUCGUGUGUGUGUGCCGUACCUGCAGUGCUUUCUGUUCUGUCGAGAAUUGUGCAACAUAUAUAUAUAUAUAUAUACACAAACUAUUUUCUGUUGAGUCUCGUUGCAGUCGUUGAAUUUCUAAAGACGGGAUUAGUUUGCUUAUUGAGAUCUAGCAACGCUAGUGAUGAGAAUGCAGGGAGAAAGCAGUCAAUCCUUUUUUUAAUGAACAUAAUCCAAAUGUAUAUAAUAACCCUCAAUAUCCAAUCUGAAUGGAUUGGAUGAAACAGAUGAGUGUUGUCCAAGCACUGAUGACUUAAAAGUUCCAUUUUCCUUGGAGGUCAGACACCUUCAAGGAAAACCAAACUUGUCUGUAUAUCUUUGUACUGUACUACAGGUCCUAACAAAUGCUGAAAGCUGGCAUGCAACUGACCAGAAUGCACUGUAUCAUAGAGGAAUUUAAUUUUGACAAGCAUUGCUCCCAGUAGGAAUUUGAAGGGUUUGGUCACAUCCGCCCUCUUAAGGCUCUACAGUUUGAAGUGAUUUCCUCAGUAUUUUUAUUUUUUUCUUUCUAGUUAAUUUGUGAUGAUUCUUUUUUCUUUUUAAAGAUAUUUAAUAAUCGCAAAAAAGAACCUGCGAGCUGAUCUGCCUGUCUUAAGUAAAAUGAAUACAUCAAUAAGUUGCCUAUAACUUAAACUAAUUUAAAAUUGUACAUGUUAAUUUAUUUAAAUGAUUGAUUAUUACAUCAUACUGGUAAUACUAUUAUCCUUAAAGCAUAAAAAUCUAUUAAUUUAUUCCAAUCACUUGUUGUAUUUUUCAGUUGAGCUGUUUUUUGAUGUUACUGAAUUGUUUUGUUGUUUAAGAACAUAAUGGGUAUUGCUCAAAGCAAAGUUUGAGAAAAGAGGCACCGAUAGCAGACUGCACAGUGGAACACAAAAUGUCCUCGAGGAUCUACUUGUUUGCAAAGAUUGUCCACAAUGAAACGGUAAAGAACUACUGUCAACAUCCCAUGUUGUCGCGGGUUGUGACCCUCUCAGGGAUGCAUCAAGUCAUAAUAGGAUCCUGGUUCCCUUCAUUCGUUACUCACAGAGGUUUUUCUGACCAGAUGCCCACCCUUGCAGUUGCCCUACGUGUCGCUGCACUCUUCCCCGUUUAUUGCACACUGACUUGUAAAGUGAGUAAUCGGACCGCUCGUCAGCGACGGCGCAGCACCACUUCACACUUUUUGUAUACAACUGCUGUAAAGUAGCAUUUCAAAGGAUGGUGUCCUGGCAAUGUAAAUACAGUACAUUUUCGUGUAAACAUCUUUGAGAAACUUGUAGAUUAUUCUAGAAUUUGUAUUUUUGUAUAGACUUUUGAAUUACUAACUGAGCUGGGAGCUAAUGUACAUCCCCGAGUUAAUGUACACCCACGAUCCCUGCAGUCUCCCCCCCCCCAGUCACAUUUAUGCAGGAGAGUUUUUGCUGUGUUUUUAGUUGAAUUGUUCUUGAAGCAGCUGGGCUUUUGUACAGUCCCCAUAGUAACAAAAUAUAUGUAACACAUCGCCUCCUGCUCAGAGUUUAACAGUAUUGUUUCACACGGGACACAAUGCAAUGAUGAUGAUUGAACGAAGGCAUUAUGCCCUGUAUACUAUAGAGUGUAGAGCUACUUGGCCUUACAACAGAACUAUUUCCUUGAGCCUCCUUGCCUUCAGUCUCUGCUUCAGAUCGACAUGCCAACCCAUCAUCUUCAUCGAGUCUCAGGCAAUCGCUUCCAGCAGCAGACCACAAUAAGGCAAAAGCGUUGACAUAGAAAAGUUUACGGUUUUCCAAGAAACCAUAUUUUUCUUCUUUUAGCUGUCUGUUUGAAAAGCCAUUAUUGGAUAUGCAGCAUAACAGUUACAAGGGAUGCGAUUCUACAUUUUCGAUCCAGGUUGUAGGAUCAAACCAAACUGACAUGAACAUCACAAGUCAUGUCUGGUUUCUUUUUUUUGGUGCCAAAUCUUAGGAGUGGAGCAUCCCCUUCAUUCACAGGUGCCCAGAAGGCAGUUCUGUGAUGUGAAAGGCUCCAGUCACACAUGUUGUGCUCUAAACCAUUCCAUGUAUGCAGUAUUAGUGUCUCGACUUGGUUCCAUUGGAUUAGAAAAUGUUAAUUUACUCAACCCUUCUUUGGAAAGACACUACAUUUCUGCCAUGUGUCAACUUGAUACCAUCAAGAUAUAUUUUCAUGCAGGCAUACAGUCAAAGAACUACUAUGCAAUUUUACGUAUGGCAUUUGCAAGUUUGAAUAACGACUCCACAAACAGUAAUGUAUUCCGCCCUCAAUUAAAUGGUUUUCUGCCACAACCUUAAAUGUGGAACUCCAGAGGCAGAAGUUGCCUUUCUAAUGCAUGUAAUGUGAAACAUAUUUCUUGAACUCUUUAAACAUUUCACAUUUAGAGUGGUGUGUCCGAGUGCUGUUCCCAUGAAUGUUGCAGCACAGUGAUCCUUUUACAUGCUGUUUAAAACUCAACUGGCUUUGUUUGAAGGAGUAUUUAGUGAAUGAUUCUGUUUUAAGAAUUAUUUUGGUCAAAUGUAUGUUGCAGCUUUUUGUUCUUCUUUUUUUACUUUUACAUUUCAUGUAAACAUGUUUAAUUUGGGCUCACUCCAUUUAUGUAAUCACUUUUCACAUUUAAAAUUGUACGUGGAUGUUGGCUCAUCUUCACCAGUAAAAGUAAAACUGACAGCGGUCCAUAUUUGUUUUAAUCAAUGAGCAGAUAAAUAGUUGGACAUGUGGUCUUUGAGAGUUCACCUAAACUUGUCAGAUUCAGAAAAAAUAAAAGUACAAAUUAAAAUCACUGGAGUCAUGUGUUUGGAAGCAGAUUGUUUGAUAGCAGAAGUGGUUUUGAAAUUGAGAUCCAGAAAUGUUCAAAAUGUUUAAUUGGGCAAUAUGUUAAGGGAUACAAUAACUGUUUCCAAAUGAAUGUCUUGAAACCCAAAGAGUGAGGAAUAUUUAAGGGUUUGUAUUUGGUUUUUUAAAAGAAUGUAUAAUGUGAAAGUUUGCUUAUGCUCCUUUCGUAUAAAGUAAUAUAAAUACAUUUCUGAAUUGAGAGCAAUAUAAUACUAAUAAAACUACCCUCGUCACUGAAACGAUUGCUUUCCGCUUAAUAAAAAGGGGUUCACAGUUAAAAUGAUCUUGAAUUUGAUUUAUUUAGUCAUUAAUCAAAAAAAGGAGGGGGAGGGGAAUGUUGAUUCACUUCUGUGGCGGUAAGGACACAUCCUGGAGAGAUUUCCUCUGUGGGGAAAUAAAGAUUACUCAUUAAAAAUAAUUAAGUCGCAACCGUCCAAAGGAGAGAAAGGCGAGCUCACCUCGAGGACACCACUUAGAUCCCUCAAGUCAUUCAAGACUUGGUUGCACAGGUUGAUGUUGUCAGACAGGGUUCCUAGUUCGUGCUCUAGGUCCUCCAGAUCCUGUCAAAAACAAAACAUGGAGGUCAUUUGCUCAUGUUGGGCAGACGGCAAUCAAAAGGUGAAGCUUCAGACUGGCUGACCUGUUUUACCGGUGAAACGGCCUCGUCGGUUUGCAGGGUCAAUUCUGUAACUGUUUCACAAACAGACUUAGAGAAAUGUAAAUAAUUCAACUAAUAAAACGGAAAAGUGCU